AUGGGAUUCACUUACCGUGCCUAUUUAGACGAGGAGGCUAAGCGUUGCAAGAUCUACGCUUGUUCAAAAUGCAAUAGUCAUUUGUCUACAUUUGACUACUUGAUUUCUAAGGAUUUUCAUGGAGUUCAUGGGAAAGCCUAUCUGUUUGAAAAUGUUGUCAAUAUCGUAGUUUCUCAUGAAUCAGAAGUGAGAGAAAUGACUACAGGCAAGCAUCUCAUUCGAUAUAUUAGUUGCUCUGGAUGUGAUGAGGAAUUGGGUUGGAAAUAUAUUAAGGCUUAUGAGCGAGACCAAAAGUACAAGGAGGGAAAGUUCAUACUCGAAAAGUGUGGCCUUGAGCAAAUUGUGUCAGUGGCCAGAGAUCGUAUUCUCAAAUAA